AUGGAUGCGUAUGCUGACCUCUGGGAAAAAGGAUACUUGCUGCCCAACGAUGAGAAGGAGCAGGACCAUAUGAAUAUCAUAUCGCAUCUCUUCAAACUCAUUCUCGGUGGACGACUCUUCCUUGCGCCUCUCCCGCCGAAAAUGAAGCGCAUCCUCGACAUCGGUACGGGAACGGGUGACUGGGCUAUUGAUAUGGGUGAGUCUGAGUGCGUCUUCUACUAUGGGCGUGUAUACGCAUGGCUGACUUUACUAGCCGAUCGAUAUCCGGAUGCCGAUAUCCGGAUGCUCUGCGUCCCGCCGAAUGUACAAUUCGAAAUAGACGAUGUCGAGAAUGACUGGGCACACCACCACCCCUUCGACUACAUCCACUGCCGCUUCAUGGCCUCUUCCAUCCGGGACUGGCCCCGUCUCUUCCGCCAGAUCCUCGAAAACCUGACGCCAAACGGGUACGCUGAAUUCUACGACUUCGACUUCUUUUUCCGCAGCGACGACAACUCCCUCCUCCCAACCCACGAGAUGUACAUAAACUGCGCUGAAACCACCAGCGCGGCAGAAAAGAUCGGCCAAACCGCCUGUCCCGGCCCCCAUCUAGCCAAAUGGGCGCGCGAGGCAGGCUUCGUCAACGUCACGGAGCGCAAGAUGAAAGUGCCUGUUGGGCCGUGGGCGAAGGACCCCAAGCUAAAGGAGAUUGGAGCGUGGAACCAUGUGCAGGCGAUGGAAGGGAUGGAGGGAUGGUCGAUGGCGCUGUUGACGAGGGUGAAUGGGUGGAGCGAGCAGAGGGUGAGGGAGCACCUGGUGAGGCUGAAGAGGGACUAUCAAGACACGAAGAUCCAUGCAUAUAUGACUGCGUAUGUGGUCUAUGGGCAGCGGCCGGAGAAGAACUAG